AUGACAUCCAUCCCCAUCAUUCUCUAUGAUCAGCUCAGCAAUGGGCACUCGACACACCUCAAGGAGAAGCCACCAAUGUUGUGGACCAUUGAUCUCUUCAUCAAUGAGCUCAUUAGCCUGCUCGAGCACUUCACCAUCCAGGAUGCAUUUGAUCUCCUCAGCCACUUGCAGCCCAAGGGGCUCAGGCACCUCAUUCUGUUGGACUCACUUGUGGCAUUGAGCCUGUGGAGCAAGGCGAACAUGCAGCUACUACAGGAGUUCCCAAAUGAGGUACAGGAAGGCAUGGGGAUGGAGAUGAAGGACCCUGUCAAGUUCUAUGUUGCUCUGAAGCAGUUUCAUGUGAAGCAUGCAUGCAACAUCAGGCCAUACCUGAAAGAGGUGCAGCACUCAUUCAAUGCCAUUUUUGGUGCUGAUGUAACCACUGUGCAAUUCAACGGCCUCCUGCACCACGUCAACAACAACAUCAAGUCCAUCGAAGGCACCAUUCAGCCCCUCAUCCAGAACGUCAACCUGACCACCUUCAUCGAUGACCUCGUCCAGGUUGUCUAA